AUGGCCUUGGAAGUAACAAAAGUGGUCUCUUGGGCCCAGCAUAGCGUCUCCCACAUGGUGCUUCUUGCAUUGUUUUUCCUCAUGUCCAUCAUACGAAACCUUGAGUACGUCUACCACAAGACAUACCUUCGUUUCCUCUCCAUCACGUACUACCCGAAUAAGCUGCCCCUGGUUAUUCGGAAUGACGUGACCCAGUUGUCGAAAAUCCCUAAGCGCUUGAGCUGUAUUAUCAGCAUGCGUAGCGAGGAUAACGAGAAUGGUGGUAUUGAAGGUGCUGUUUCAGACAUCGCUGAGUUGGCCGCCUGGUGCUUGAGUGCUGGUAUUCCUAGUUUGACUAUCUAUGAGGAGACGGGUGCUGUGAAACCACACUUGGCUGAGUUGGAUCGUUAUAUUACGAAGAACCUUCGUGCCUACUUUGGUAUCCCUACUCCAGCAUUCACCUUGAGGGUGCCUCACUCGAAUACCACUGUUGCAUCGGGCACCAAGACAGACGGCCAGCCUACGUUGGAUAUCUCAUUGCUUUCUCGUGUCGACGGCAAGCCUACUAUUGUGGAGCUUACCAAGACCAUGAGCGAGCUUACUGCCAACCGGGAGUUGUCUGUCAAGGAUAUCACAGUGCAGCUUAUUGAUGAGGAACUCAGCGAGCUUGUGGGCCCGGAGCCCGACCUCCUCAUCUGCUUCGAUCCUGUUUUGGAUUUGCAUGACUACCCACCUUGGCACCUUCGUUUGAGCGAGUUGUACUGGGAUCCAGACAACGAUAGCGUUGGCUACCCAGUGUUCAUUCGUGCAUUGAGGCAGUUUGCCAACUGUAAGGUGAAUGUGGGUAAGUAG